AUGGUCAAGGUUGAGAAUAAAGCGGUGCUGAUUGUCAUUGAUGGUUGGGGAAUCCCCAGCGAGUCAUCGCCGAAGGAUGGAGACGCAAUUGCGGCCGCCGAGACCCCGGUGAUGGAUGCUUUCGCGAAGAACGCAGACGGCUACACCGAGCUUGAGGCUUCCUCCCUGGCCGUUGGACUUCCUGAGGGUUUGAUGGGAAAUUCCGAGGUCGGCCAUCUGAACAUUGGUGCUGGACGUGUGGUGUGGCAAGAUGUGGUCCGAAUCGAUCAAACCAUCAAAAACAACGAGUUGAACAAGAACGACGUUAUCAUGAAGACUUUCAAUGCGGCUAAAAAUGGCACUGGACGUCUGCACUUGGCUGGUUUGAUUUCCGACGGCGGUGUUCACUCCAAACAAGACCAUCUCUAUGCGCUCUUGAAGCUUGCGAAAGAAGUCGGAAUCCCUCACGUAUUCAUCCACUUUUUUGGCGAUGGACGAGACACCGACCCAAAGUCUGGUGCAGGAUUUAUGCAAGGACUGUUGGACAAGAUCGAGGAGAUUGGAAUUGGUGAAAUCGCCUCUGUGGUUGGCAGAUACUAUGCCAUGGACCGCGAUAAGCGUUGGGAGCGAAUUGAGGUUGGCCUUAACGCCUUGUGCGUUGGUGAUGGCGAGGAGAGCACAGAUCCCGUCAAGACGAUCAAGGAGAGGUAUGAGAAAGGGGAGAAUGACGAGUUCUUGAAGCCCAUCAUUGUUGGCGGCAAGGGGGCCCGUAUCAAGGAUGGCGAUGAGGUGUUCUUCUUCAACUACCGAUCUGACCGUGUCCGCGAGAUCACUCAAUUGCUCGGAGAUUUUGAUCGUUCCCCAUUGGAGGACUUCCCAUACCCAAAGAACAUCAACCUCACGACAAUGACACAAUACAAGCUCGACUACCCCUUCACGAUCGCUUUCAAGCCCCAGCACAUGGGUAACGUUCUUGCCGAGACCUUGGGUACCCAAGGCGUUAAGCAGGUUCACGUUGCUGAAACCGAAAAGUACGCCCACGUCACGUUCUUCUUCAACGGCGGCGUUGAGAAGGUGUUCCCACUUGAGGAGAGAGACGAAUCUCAAGAUCUCGUCCCAUCUAAUAAGAGCGUUGCUACUUAUGACUUGGCCCCAGAGAUGAGCGCUGCGGGUGUUGCUAAGCAAAUGAGCAAGCGGAUAAAGGAGGGCAAGUUCGAAUUCAUCAUGAACAACUUUGCUCCGCCUGACAUGGUUGGUCACACUGGUGUCUAUGAUGCAGCUGUUAUCGGUGUCGCAACAACCGACAAAGCUAUUGGAGCUAUUUACGAGACUUGCAAGGAAGAAGGUUACCUGCUAUUCAUUACUUCAGAUCACGGUAACGCCGAAGAAAUGAAGUUCCCAGACGGCAAGCCAAAGACUUCACACACCACCAACAAGGUCCCGUUCAUCAUGGCCAACGCACCCAAGGGCUGGAGCCUGAAGAAGACCGACGGUGUACUCGGUGAUGUUGCACCUACAAUCCUCGAGGCUAUGGGCCUGACCCAACCCGAAGAAAUGACUGGCCACAGUCUUCUCAUCAAGAGUUAG